UCUCACCAAUCUGCAUUGUUGAACCCAGAAAAAGUUUCCCAACUGAAACAAUGGCAUCCCCCAACAAUCGAGGAGAGUCGCCAUCAUCAACCUCCGAGGACUGGCGACGUCGAAUAUUGAUCCCUACGAUCCUUGCAGGUACUUUGCCUUUUUCCCUCAUCCUCUGUUAGAGUUGUUUUUUUCACUGAAACAUCCAGGAAUCAUGAAUGUUUGCGCGGUUCUCUUUGUUUGAAACAAGGGUUGCUGGUGGAGGAUUUGGGUUGGUUUCAAAGCAUCCAAAAGUCCAUGGCCUGGCUAAUAUUUCAGCCACUUAUGCCAUUAAUUUUGCUAUUGUCACCGGCUGCUAUUGUGGAGCUCGUGAAUUCGUAACAGCAACUCGUAAAACAGGACCCCGUGAUCUACUGAAUACUGCAAUUGCUGGAUUCGGCACUGGUGCUAUAUUGGGUCGUCUUCAAGGUGGUCAAUUUGGUGCUUAUCGCUGUUCACUCAUCUUUGCUGUUGUUGGGACAGCAGCGGAUUUUACUGCUCUAAAGUUAAGACCCAAAUUACGCCACAUCAGUGAAUCUAUGUUUGAUAAGAGCGGUUCGUUGAAAUUGCCAGAAUGGUCUCCUAUGCAAGUGCUCGAUGAUGAAGCCCUUGCUGCAAAACAAGCACGAGAAGAGAAACUGUACAGACAAAGAAAAACUCUUAAGCAAAGAAGAAUGAUGACUUCAUGAGGGUGAACUAUUUAGUUUUUUGUUCUUAAUCAUCAAUGAUAAUGAUUUUCGCCAGUGCUAGUUCAGCUUGUAUUUGCUGGGGAUUAAGUUUUGUUUUGCUUUCAAAAUAUUCUAAUAAUAUUCUUUGUUACAUCGGCUG